UUCAACGUGGGUCAAUUUUUUGUGAAUGAGGAGGGAGGUUGUGGGGCCGCCGUCGCCGCCGUGGUGGGGAGCGAGCCAGUGCCCAAGCGCCCGAGCCCCUCCGUCGCCGCCUCCGCAGACCAGCCCGGCCCGCUCGGAGCCCCGAGCCCAGAGCCGUCGCCGUCGCCGCCGCCGCCGCCGCCGCUCCGAGCGCCGCCCCGGGCCCGGCCCGCCCGGGGAGAUGCGGCCCCAGAGGGAGGCGAUGCCCGAGCCGCGGCCGCCGCCCCGGAGCCCGCCCCGGUGCCGGUGCUGAAAGCCGCCGAGGCCCUCGGCCGUGCCCGUCGGUGCCCGCGUGGGAUGGUGGCGCGUUGGCUCUCUCUGGCGCCGCUGCCGCCCCGGGCCUCGUGAUCCCCCGAAGCGCCCCCGGAGCCGCGCCGCCCGCGAUGAGCGCCCAAAGCCAUCCAGACGGACUUUCUGGCCGAGACCAGCCGGUGGAGCUGCUCAACCCGCCCAGAGUCAACCACAUGCCCAGCGCCGUGGACGUGACCCCGGCGCUGCCCCUCCCGGUGGCCCCGCCCGCCGUGCCCAUGGACCUGCGCCUGGACCACCAGUUCUCCCUGCCGGUGGCCGAGCCGGCCCUGCGCGAGCAGCAGCUGCAGCAGGAGCUUCUGGCCCUCAAGCAGAAGCAGCAGAUCCAGCGGCAGAUCCUCAUCGCCGAGUUCCAGAGGCAGCACGAGCAGCUGUCGCGGCAGCACGAGGCGCAGCUGCACGAGCACAUCAAGCAGCAGCAGGAGAUGCUGGCCAUGAAGCACCAGCAGGAGCUCCUGGAGCAUCAGCGCAAGCUGGAGCAGCACCGCCAGGAGCAGGAGCUCGAGAAGCAGCACCGCGAGCAGAAGCUGCAGCAGCUGAAGAACAAGGAGAAGGGCAAAGAGAGCGCCGUGGCGAGCACCGAGGUCAAGAUGAAGCUGCAGGAGUUCGUCCUGAACAAGAAGAAGGCGCUGGCGCAUCGCAACCUCAACCACUGCAUCUCCAGCGACCCCCGCUACUGGUACGGGAAAACUCAGCACAGCUCCCUUGACCAGAGUUCGCCCCCUCAAAGCGGGGGUCCUGCGGCCUACAAUCACCCCGUGCUGGGAAUGUACGACUCCAAAGAUGACUUUCCACUUAGAAAAACAGCCUCUGAACCCAACCUGAAAUUACGGUCCCGGCUAAAGCAGAAAGUGGCCGAGAGACGGAGCAGCCCCCUCCUCCGCAGGAAGGACGGCCCAGUGGUGACCGCUCUGAAAAAGCGUCCUUUGGAUGUCACAGAUUCCGCGUGCAGCAGCGCGCCCGGCUCCGGGCCCAGCUCCCCCAACAACAGCUCCAACAACGUCAGCGCCGAGAACGGCAUCGCCGGCUCCGUGGCCGGCAUCCAGGCGGAGACCAACCUGGCCCAUCGACUGGUGACCCGCGAAGGCUCCGUGACGCAGCUGCCCCUUUACACGUCGCCUUCCCUGCCCAACAUCACGCUCGGCCUGCCUGCCACCGGCCCCGCCAGCGGGACGUCCGCACAGCAGGACGCCGAGAGACUCGCCAUCCCGGCCCUCCAGCAGCGCAUCUCCCUCUUUCCCAGCACCCACCUCACUCCCUACUUGAGCACUACGGCCGCAGCACUGGACAGGGACGGAAGUAGCACCCACAACCCCCUUCUGCAGCACAUGGUCCUCCUAGAGCAGCCGGCCGCCCAAACACCCUUAGUCACAGGCCUCGGGGCGCUGCCCCUGCACGCCCAGUCCCUGGUGGGCGCAGACCGGCUGUCGCCCUCCAUCCACAAGCUGCGGCAGCACCGGCCCCUGGGGCGCACGCAGUCGGCCCCCCUGCCCCAGAGCACGCAGGCCCUGCAGCAGCUGGUCAUCCAGCAGCAGCACCAGCAGUUCCUGGAGAAACACAAGCAGCAGUUCCAGCAGCACCAAAUGCACCUUAAUAAGAUGCUCCCCAAGCCCGCCGAGCCGGCCCGCCAGCACGAGAGCCACCCCGAGGAGACGGAGGAGGAGCUGCGGGAGCACCAGGCGCUCCUGGACGAGCCUUACCCCGAGCGGCUCCCCGGCGCCGGCGGCCAGAAGGAGGCCGUCCAGGUGAAGCAGGAGCCCAUCGAGAGUGAUGGCGAGGAGGCCGAGGCGGCCGCCCACGAGGCCGAGCCGGGCCAGCGACAGGCCGAGCAGGAGCUGCUCUUCCGCCAGCAAGCCCUCCUGCUCGAGCAGCAGCGAAUCCAUCAGCUGAGAAACUACCAGGCCUCCAUGGAGGCUGCGGGCAUCCCCGUCUCCUUCGGCGGCCACCGGCCCCUGUCCCGGGCCCAGUCGUCGCCUGCUUCGGCCACUUUCCCCAUGUCCGUGCAGGAGCCGCCCGCCAAGCCCCGAUUCACAACAGGCCUUGUAUACGACACUCUGAUGCUGAAGCACCAGUGCACGUGCGGCAACACCAACAGCCACCCCGAGCACGCCGGCCGCAUCCAGAGCAUCUGGUCACGGCUGCAGGAGACCGGCCUGAGGGGCAAGUGUGAGUGCAUUCGGGGCCGGAAGGCCACCCUGGAGGAGCUGCAGACGGUCCACUCGGAGGCGCACGCCCUGCUUUAUGGCACCAACCCCCUGAACAGACAGAAAUUGGACAGUAAGAAACUUCUAGGCUCCUUGACGUCCAUGUUCGUCCGGCUGCCCUGCGGCGGCGUCGGGGUGGACAGCGACACCAUCUGGAACGAGGUGCAUUCGUCCGGGGCCGCCCGCCUGGCCGUGGGCUGCGUCGUGGAGCUGGUCUUCAAAGUGGCCACCGGAGAGCUCAAGAACGGCUUUGCUGUCGUACGGCCCCCGGGCCACCACGCCGAGGAGAGCACCCCCAUGGGCUUUUGCUACUUUAACUCCGUGGCCAUCGCGGCCAAGCUGCUCCAGCAAAGGCUGAAUGUGAAGAAGAUCCUCAUUGUGGACUGGGACGUGCAUCACGGCAACGGGACCCAGCAGGCCUUCUACGGCGACCCCGGCGUCCUCUACGUGUCGCUGCACCGCUACGACGACGGCAACUUCUUCCCGGGCAGCGGAGCCCCCGACGAGGUUGGCACGGGGCCCGGCGUCGGCUUCAACGUGAACAUGGCGUUCACCGGCGGCCUGGACCCACCCAUGGGAGACACGGAGUAUCUGACGGCCUUCAGGACCGUCGUCAUGCCGGUGGCCAACGAGUUCGCCCCCGACGUGGUGCUCGUGUCCUCGGGCUUCGAUGCCGUCGAAGGCCACCCCACGCCGCUGGGAGGCUACAACCUGUCGGCCAAGUGUUUCGGGUACCUGACGAAGCAGCUCAUGGGCCUGGCGGGCGGCCGCGUCGUGCUGGCCCUGGAAGGAGGCCACGACCUGACGGCCAUCUGCGACGCCUCCGAAGCCUGCGUGUCUGCUCUGCUGGGAAACGAGCUCGAUCCUCUCCCAGACAAGGUUCUGCAGCAAAGGCCAAACAUCAAUGCCAUCCACUCAAUGGAGAAAGUCAUCGAGACCCACAGCAAGUACUGGCGAUCCCUCCAGCGCUUCUCCUCCACGGUGGGCUAUUCCCUCCUCGAGGCUCAGAAAUGUGAGAACGAAGAAGCGGAGACCGUCACGGCGCUCGCCUCCCUGUCUGUGGGGGUCAAGCACGCCGAGAAGAGGUCAGACGAGGAGCCCAUGGAAGAGGAGCCCCCACUGUAGCCUCCAGCACGAAUCUGCUGGUCUCUCGUUUGUGCGUCUUUUGUCUUGAAGCUCUGCCAAGAAAACUCCUCUCGUUCCUCCUGCGUCCUGUCAGGGUGUUCUCCCAGAAUACAAAAGGACAGCCAGGUGUGACGUGACGCAACCACAGGACUGGUCUUUGUGGAUACAGACAACGAGUCUUUCUGCAUCUCCAGAUAUAUCGACAUCCCUCUAGAGAGACAUAUCGACGUCCAUAGAUCUAGAGACACUGGCGGGUGUGCCCCCACCCCCACCCACAGACAUCUACGGCCUGUCCGCCUUGACCCAGGGGCCUGCUCCACGUGAGACGUGGGGGGAACCAGGCUCUCUUUGGCCCCUCCAAGAGCAGGAAGCAGCCGGUGGUGGCUUUGGGCAGAGGGGCCGCGUGGCGCGGAAAGGGACAACCGAGUAGCCGCGAAGGAGACCCGAGUUUUCCAAACUCUAAUAACACAGAAAAUAAACUUUGUUAAAACUGGUGCUUAAGGUUUGAUUACCCACAAUUCCACAGUCUCCGUUGAAACCACUCAACUCAUCCUGUAGCUCGUUUGUUUGUUUUUUAAGAAGAAGCAAAGGAGAAAAAGGGUUUAAGACUCCGGCCUGCCUGGGAGUCAGAAGACAAACCCUGAUGUGGGGACGUGUGGAAGGAGUGCUUCUCAUGGGGAGGGCGGGGGGCCCGGAGACUAAUCUCUCUCUCUUUUUUAACAGAAGACAAACAGACAAAGUUAGGAGCGCCCACCCGGGAGGAGGCGGCUUUAGCUUUUCAGAGCUGCCUGAAGAUGAGAGUUUGUGCCUUUUAAAAAUUGAUCCGGUGGACUUGGAGUGGCUGAUUUUUCAGAAGUUUGAAGGACAAUGCCUUAAGUUUCAAAGAAAAGAAAAAGCAGGACUCUGUGGAGUGACUUCCUCUGGCUGACAGCAGAGCCCAGAACGGCCAGCAAGCCCAGAGCCAGGGAGCCAGGGAGCGAGUGAGAGAGAGAGAGAGUGUGUGGAAGCCUCGGGCCUGUCCUUGCUGGCUCGCCUGAGGGCUGAAGGCAGGUGGACGUCCCCUGCCUGCAGAGCCUCCCACGCCGGGGGCCUGGGCUCGGCUCGGCCCCGCUCGGCUCGGGAUUUUGUUCGUUUGCUUUCUUUGUGGUUCUAUUUCAUUUCAUUGUUGUUAGGGAGUUGCCCCAAAGUGGCAAAUACCGUUGGGUGUUCUGCAGUCCGAGCAAUUGAAAAGAAUCCCAGGCGUUUUCUUUCCGGCCUUGAUUAUCUAACAGUCAAACACAGCAAUUUGGUUGUUGACGCAUGUGAUAGACACAUUUACAGUUUUCGCAUUGGGUUGCUUUUCCCUGAGAGCAAUCUCGCAUGAAGCCUUGCUGGAAUUGUAGGAUAAAUAGAGAUAUAGAUAUCUAUAUAUAUAUAUGUAUGUAUAAUGUAUAUUCCAAAUGUACUCCACGCUUAGACACUUGAUUCUUACGAGAUCUCGAUAAAAUAUUUAUAAUGCAUUUAUAGAAGACAUGAAAAGGUAACUAAGAAGUGCAGAUUGGAAAAGGCACCUUGGAAGGGCCCUAGGAAUGGCUGACUUGGGAAUCGGACCGGACCGGACCGGUGCUUAGGGAAAGGGACGGCCGAGCGCCUGCUGCUCGCCCAUUGGAAGCGUUUCAGAUGGCCGACACAUUUGCCACUGGGCAACUACCCUCGAUGUUUGCUCUUUCGUUUCCGGUUCUGUUUGUUAGGUUUGCUUUCUCUUCGGACAGGACCUUCGCCUGCCCCUGCCCGCACACACCCACCAUGAGUUGUUUUGGUUUGUUUUUGGGGGGGGGGGUUGAGAGGGUUGGAGUGGGGGAAGGUUUGGUAGCAAGAACUAGAGAACUUCAGUGUGGAUUUUGUUAUUGAUAUUUCCCAGUCGUGAACCUCGUUUGUGUGGAUUUGACGUUCGUUUCCCAUUGGGCAGUUCCUGAUGUCCGAAGGCCUUUCUUGCCUCAGUCCAUGCUUGAACAUUUUUUUCACUUUUUACGGUCUUGAUUUUUUAUUAUUGGGGGUUGUUUUGGGUUUUUGUACAGUUGGCAUCUUUCUGCCCGGCUGAGGAGUUUGUCUUCACAAAUGGAGCACUGAACGAGAAGGAGUGUGGGCGACACCAGCCAAGACCCUCUUCCUAAGCCUGUUCUUGAAAGGCGCUCCGGUGCUCUGGACCUUCCACGCCUCCCCUCCAGGCAGUGGCACACAGAGCUCCGCUGGGGAAGACGCGUCCACAUCAGCAGAUGUCACUUCGAGACUUCUUCCGUAGAAUCGUAACCUUUGUUCUCCGAAGACCUUUGUGGGGAAAUGCUUUCCAGAACGUUGACCGGGCCGAGGAGGGUGGUUUUUCACGUUUGUUUUUCUUUCUUUCUUUCUUUCUUUCCUUCUUUCAUUCUGCCAUCUGGUUUAGACCCUCAUUGUCAAGCGCCAGAUGCUUAUUUGUGGAGUAUGGGGCUGCAGGAGGCCAAUUGACACAUGUACUCUCUCUCUCCCUCCCUCUCUGUCUCUCUCUCUCCCUCCCUCUCUGUCUCUCUCUCUUUCCCCUCUCUCUCUCCCACUCUCUGUCUCUGUCUCUCCCUCUCUGUCUCCUUCUCUGUCUCUCUCUGUCUCUCUCUCUCCCUCUCUCUCCCUGUCUCCUUCUCUGUCUCUCUCUGUCUCUCUGUCUCUCUCUCUCUCUCUCUCUCUCUCUCUCUCUCUCUGUCUCUCUCUCUGUCUCUCUCUCUCUCUCCCUCUCCCUCUCCCUCUCUCUCUCUGUCUCUCCCUCUCUCUCUCUCUCUGUCUCUCCCUCUCUCUCUUUCUCUCCCUCUCCCUCUCUCUCUAUCCCUCUCUGUCUUUUUCCCCCUCUCCCUCUCUCUCUAUCUCUCUCUCUCUCUUUCCCCCCCUCUCUGCCUCUGUCUCUCUCUCCCUCUCUCCCUCUCUCCCUCUCCCUCUCUAUCUCUCUCGGUCUUUUUCCCCCCUCUCUCUCUCUCUGUCUCUCCCUCCCUCUCUCUCUCUCCCCCUCUCUCUCUCUCUCUGUCUCUCUCCCUCUCUCCCUCUUUCUUUCUUUCCUUCCUUCCUUCCUUCCUUUUUUUCCCAAAAUAUACAGAAUAGUACGAUUCACUCCUCUGGACAACUCAUCUUUUUCUUUUGUUGUGACAUUUGGAGUCACCAUUUUCAUUCCAAAAUUGAUUGAAUUCAGACUUGUGGAAAGAAUUUGAAACUUGGGGUGGGGGCCCCCUCUAUAGAAAAGGGGCCGCCAAGGAAUGUUCGAGGCUUGGUCUUGAGUUUACGAUUCCGCUUUUCCCUAACGGCACGGGAGGAAUUCUUCGUUUAUCCUUGAGCCUUAGAUGUGCAUGCAGCCCACUGAAAAGGGCAAGGUUUGGGUGCAGAAAGAAACCUCCUUUGCCCGGGCCUCCGGAUGGGACUCCAGACUGCGCCCCGUCUUCUCCUGGGGCAGAAACCUAAUCCUCAUCCCACCUUCGCAAUGUCUGAUCUGGUUGUUGUUGGUUUUCUUUUGAGGUUUUCCUUUUCUGUGGUCUGGGAGGGCUCGGAGGAGAGGAAGGAAUCGUUUUUUCUCCUCUGCCCUGUUAGAGUUGAAAGGGGGCCGGGUCCCCCUGCAUCCCCUUUGCUGACUUUUCUAAGCCGCUCCUCAGUGCCGGCAGGCAGCGAAGGGAGUCCGCCCAGGCUUCCCCCUGCCCUGGACGCAGGGAGUAGCCAGGAAAAGGGGUGGUUUGUCGUUUUUACAAGAUGCUGGUGGUAGCUGGGAGCUCCCGGCCAUCCUUUUCUGACUGUUGUGCCCACCGAGCCAGCUGGCGGAGGGAUUUACUGCAUGUUGGAGCAACCCGUCGAGUGCCAUCUUCCCCCUUUGGUUCCUCAGCCUCCUCCGCCCCUGACAAUCCGCUUAAAGGCUCUCUCGGUUCACUUUGGUUUCCGUCUUUCCGUGAGGACGGGCCACCCUUGGCCUUCCCAUUGUGGGGUUGCCGGGCUCCCCUUCUAGCCGGCGCUUCCUUUAGCUCUCCCUCCUCAUGCCUGGCCAUGGGGGAUGCUUUCUUCACCCCAUUUCUCACUUGCACCUUUGCCGAGGCCAUUGGGGCAUUUUUUUCAAAUGUUGGUCCACAGGGUCGGCGAGUGAGCACUUUACUGGCCCCAGGGAGGGGGGGCGCUGCCGUUGGCACUCCUGGAGCCCCUGGGGGCUUGUAGCCACAACCCCCCACCCGUCCUUUUCUUUCUCCUGCCCCCAGAGCCGCGGCAUCUUGGACCCUCCGGGAAGUGCCGGAGCGCCACCAGCAGGAGCGCCAAGGCUGCUCCCAGCCUGGGGGGGGGUCCCCUCCCCGGGCCGGCGGGGUAGGUGUUCCUGGGCCCCGGGCUCCGAGGGCCGCCCUGUCAAAGCCUUUUUCUUUCUUGCGUUCCUGCACUCUUCUUGCCCCUCCCCGACGGCAGAAGGAGGCUGGCGGUUGCUUUUUUUCCGGGGUCUCCCACAGCCCCGGGCCGGGCAAGGGGCAGCUUUGCAGGAGCCGCCGGGUGCACGCGGGCGGGCCGUUGGGGGUCGUUUGGGGCUUGUUUUUCUUUUGGAUGUGGAACAUUCCUUUGUAUUCGUCCGUCAUGUACUCAUUCCAUUCUGCUUUUUGUACACUUCGGGCCCCGUGUUUUCCGGGCGUUGAUAUAUAUAUAAAUAUAUAGAAAUAUAUAUGAAUCUAUUUUUUUAAGUUUCCUACACCUUGAGGUUGCAUGGUCUGUGAGGUCGGCAUGUCUUUCUCUUGUAUACAGAUUUUGCACGCCACGCGUGGCAGCUCUGGGGGCCGCCAGGACGAGCCCCGCCCCCUCUCGGGGCCUUCGCGCGGGCAGAUGGGACCCAGGCGGGCGGCCGGAGAGCGGGAGGGCGUUCGCGUCUUACUGAGCGCGUCCCAAGACUUUGUGCUUUUCUUGUGAGAAAUCAAAGGACUACUUAAGCCUUGUCGUUUCCGAAGCCGUUUAUCGAGCACUUGUGACAUACCAAUAAUAGAGUUUAUUGUAUUUAUGUGGAAACAGUGUUUUAGAGGAACUACGCGGAGCGCAGAAUGGGAACUGCCUGGCUCUCUUCACAGGGUUUUUUUCUUUUUUUUUCCUCGGGUGGGGCUGGGGGAGGCCGCUUUGGGGCUUUGUGUCCUUCGGGGGAGGAGCCGCACGCGCCCCUCUCUUGACCCUACUUUGUUUGGGCGGGAAAAAAUGAGGCGGAACCUAAAGAGUUAACUCCUCGCCCCGCCCCGCCCCGCCCCGCCCCGCCCCGCUUUUUUUUAAGUGACUUUGAGUUGACUUUAUUGAUUGACCUCGGGUUCCUUGGGAUGAAGAGCGGCAUCAAAGGAAGCCCAACCUUUCCGCUUCCUUCCCUAGUCGGGCCGGUUGGAGGCUUGGAGGCUGCUUUGCAAAGUACGCCAUGAAGAAAGAGAAAUGAACCUCGCGUGGGGGGGGGGGCGCGUGUGUACGUGUGCACGCACACGUGCGCGCUCCGUAGCGGAGGCGAGAGUUUUCAUUUCUGGGGAUGACGCGCUGAUGGCUAUGCAAUGUACGCGGAGGGUGUGGCCAAGGGGCGGCGCUUCUUCCAGACCUGUGGUAUCCCGAGCUGUGGCGCCCUUCCAGCCUCUCCCCACGGGCUCCUCCCGGCUGGCCCUCCCGCGGCCCUCGCCUUUGCUCAGCCCACUUGGAGGUCUUUUUUUCUUUGGGGUCUUCGCUGUUGUUUUCUCAUCCUCGGUUCGUUCUGGUUAAGCCCCCACUGGCCAACGGUGUCUUUCUCCGACAGUACCGACUUCUAUUGGGAUUUUCUUAGGAGUCCAGUAUUUUGUACCACAUUAUGACAACUUGUUAUUCUUGUGGUGUAAAUAAAAAGAAAAAAAGCU